UAAGAUUGACCCUAAGACUAUUUGUCGGGUAAAAAAGAAGAAAUACACUUAUGCCAUUUAUAGUUCGCUGUCAUUUAAAAAAAAAAAAAAGGUUGCAGCUUUACCAGAAAGGAGAGGAUUGACUGCUACUCUGCUAGGACUUCUUUAGAAGGAUGAAAUAAAAUAUGUAAGAUUCAUAGACAUUGAAAGUUCUCCAGCUUGCUCUGAGAGUUAUGUCUGCUGCCUCAAAAAGGAACCACCACUUUACGUAGGAAUGCUAAAGCAAGGAAAGAGCACAGUGAUGGUACCUAUGGGAACUGGAUGGCGCACAGGCUGGCUAAGGCAACCUGAGCUUUUGUGAAGUUACAGCCAGCAAGUUACAACAAGGUUUUGGAUAGCAGAGCUUGGCAUUGUGCCUUCAUCACGUGUCUGGAUGAGUUAUGUGCUGGUGAUAAAUGUGCCCUACUGAGCCUCAUAGUGCCUGGAAGUCGGUUAACUUCUGUUCUAGGGGUUGGUGCUGAGAUAUUUCUAUUAUUUCAGAAUAGUACCUAGACCACUGUCUGGGUCCUAAAAUUGAAGUCCUUCCUUUUACCUUCAACAUUGAAAUUAAUGAGAGCUGUACAUGGUGGUGCAGGACAAUAAUUCCCAGCACUGGGAGGAUGGAUUGGCCUAAAGUUCAAGACCGGCCUGGACAACAUAGUAAGGCCCCGUCUGAAAAUAAAGAAAUGGGCAUGAAGGCAGAUUUUCAGUUUUGGUUAAAACAAUUCUGUGGAAAACUUGAAGUAGUGAAAAAAAGUGUAGAUAGUCUUGUUGAGUAAGUUGUGCAAAACUAAAUGAAAGUAAUCUUUAGGUCAAUGGUGGCAAAUCUUUUAAAGUUUUUAAUGAUAACGGCCGGCUUCACCACCACUGCUUUAGGCUGUAGCUUCCACCCAACACACACACACACACCCCUGUCACUUAAGGAGCAGUUUCUGUCUCCUUUUGGAAGUAAACUUGUUUAUAGUUGAAAGCACUAAGGUUCUCCCACCUGUCUGAUGAAAGCAGCUGAAGGGAUUAUUACAGCUGCUGGAAAAGAAAGGAGGGAGCCCCUGAGCUGGGAAAUAAGCAAUGUGAAAUUCCCUACAAGAAACAAGAGAAAAAAUAAUGGGCUGGUCUCCAGGACUCCUAUAAUCUCAGUAUAAUUUUAGAAAUAGUGUCAUUGAAUGGAUUAAUUUUAUGAAUUCAGAGGUUGACUUUCAAAUGAAUUUAAGAUAAUUCGGUUCCCAGAUUCUAAACUAAUGGGUUUUUUUGUUUUAUUUGGCAGUACUGGGAAUUCAGCUAAGAGCUUUUCACUAAGACUGAGCAACAUCCCCAGUCUUUUCUUUGUACAGUAUGAAGGAGAGGGUGCUCUUAAACUUGACAUUUUCCUGCCUGAGCCUUCUGGAGUGUUGGACUGCAGAUUUGCACCACCCCACUGGUUCAAUUAGUAUUAAUUUCUGGAGCAAUCCUUCAUGCUUUUAAAAUAUAUUGUACAUGAGAUUUAUAGUAAUAAAGGAAUACCCAUGAUAAACACUUAGGAUUUUGUCUGUAGCUCUAAUUAAUCUUACUAGAAUGAAUGAAGAUGUUAGCUCCAGCUGGACAUGUUACCCACAGCUGUAAUUGCAGCACUAGGGAGGCUGAGGCAGAAGGAAAGAUUACCAAAAGUUCAAAGCCAUCCUGGACUAAAUAACAAGACCAUGUCUCAAAAAAAUAAAAGUUAGCUGAGGGAAUUUGUUAUGGUGUCAGAGGAAGUUAUUUGAACCUUAUUUCAUAUUGAAGUCCUGAAAGAAGAAAGCAUAUUCCUUGUUUAAAUUCUUAAUCUAUCUGAAAGUGUUGCCCUGGAGUCAUAAGACUUUGACCUACAAGUUCUCCAGGAAAAACUGGUUGAACCACCUUUUUUUUUUCCAUCAGAUGCUACAAGGCUUUUAAAAGUACAUAGUUGAGUGGGUUGUGAAUUUGGAUGCUGUCAGGUGGUGGUUUUUUUUUUUUUUUACAUUCCCAGGCAUUGAACAUUUGUUCAUCUAGUCCAGUGAUGGCAAGUCUUUUAGAGCUUUCUAGUAGUAGUAACAACCCACUGCUGCAAGCAUGCCAUUGGUUCACCACCACUGAUCUAGUCCGAUUUUCUCCUGGAUGACAGAUAUGGUACUUUUCCCCCUCAUUUAGAAAACCUUUUACUUAGUUUCUCUUUAGUGCCAAAUAUUGGUCUAUUUUGACAGAAUGACAUACUUACCAGAUUAAGGGGUAAGAAUCCAGCAGUCUUUUCACUUUAAUUCUCCUAAAAUAGGGUCACAGCCUGGUUGGACAAGUUUGGUCACAGUUUCAUAAUAUAGUUCCUACCCUUGUGACUGAGCUCUCUCCCUGAAGGUGUAGUUCAUCUUGGUUUGAUGUCAGAAGAGCUGAUCUAUUGAGCUGACAUUCUGAAGAGUUUCAACUUUAAUAGAAUUAUGCAAGGCACCCCUUUCUAAAACUUUAUUGUAAGGUUUUUUUUUCUAGCCUAAUGAAGCCUGAGAAUAUAAAAACCUAUUUUUCUAAUUCCCCAUUAUCACCACUCACUACCUUACUUGCAUAUUCCAGUUUUCAUUGUGUUUCAGUUAGUUCAUAAUCUUUGGGUGGACAGGGUAGCACAGCUAUUGGUCAUAAUUCUAUUGGCUAUUAGAAAAGAACGAAAUAGGAUCCAUUUCAGGAUAGAAGGGUCCAACUGGGAAAGGGAAUAGAAAACAUGUUGUUCCCAACCCAUUCCUGGGCCUGUGCUCUCUGUUUAGAGAUAGAUUGCUGUUAGAUACUUUCUCACCCUGAAAUAGUUGGUGUAUUUUUGGUAGAACUUGAAAAGUGCGGGACUUGAGAAUGAUGUAGUCUCACUUUACCAGUGACUUAUAUUUGGGGGAAGAUAUGGUGUUGCUUGUCACCUUUGUUUGAUCUUGUGUGGUGACCUUCAUUUGCAGAUCUAAAAUCCCAUUGAUUUUGUGAGGCAUGUUAUGCCAUGUUGGGCUGCAUAACUCACCUUUUUUUUCUUCUUCUUCCCUUUUUUAUCUUCUUUUUUGCUUUUAUCCUCCAGCUGUUCUUCCUAUGUCUCCAGCCUUGAAUGUCACUGCUGCCUUAGGGCAGCCUGGAUCUACCCCUACCCCUCCUUGCUCCCUGGCCCCACAACAAUCCCCUGUAUCAAUUGCAAACCAGUCAUCCCCAUUCCCCUCUCCCUCCACUAGUAGCUCAGUCCCUUUAGAGGUUCCUUUUCCCCAGCCAGCCUCAGGAAUGACUAUCCCUUUGGAAAUUUCCCCUGAUACCCCAACUUUCCUACCACACCUGAUAGGGCCUCCUAUCUCCCCAGCUGCCUUAGCCCUGGCCUCUCCCAUGUUAGGGCUGAAAGGUGCCCACUCCUGUUCAGCUCCUUUGGCUCUGGUUGCAUUGGCUCCCCACUCAGUUCAGAAGAGUUCGGAUGUUGUAGCUGAGUCUGGGCCAGUGACGUCUCUGUCAGCUCCCCUUAGUCCCUCAGAAGGAAAGACUUCUCCCAUUCAGGUUCCUUCUCAGGUAGUGCCUAAUCCAAAAGAUACUACCCCAAACCUUCCAGUUACAGUCAGUGGUGUUCCUUCCCACCCUAUAACUCCCCUUGUCUCUGCUGAAUCUAGAGUAUCCUACUGUCCUCAGAUACCACCUAUCACUUCUCCUCAGGUCAAAAGUAUCCCAGUUUCCCCAGCCCUGAUGCCACAAAACCCAUUAAGCCCAAGCCUAAAGGGGCCUAUUAGUUCACCUGCUGCCUUCUCUCUUCCAACCCAGUCUGUUCCUGCAGUGACCUCUUCCCAAAAGACUGGAACUUCAAAUAUCCCUCUCACUUUCCCCACUUCUCUGAGCACUCAUCUUGCACCUUUACAUCAGAGUUCUUUAGGCUCUUCUAUUCAACCUUUAGGUCAAACAGGUUCUAACAUCCUGUCAAGUCCUGUAAUGAAUACUAUUUCUGUAGAUCAUUCUUCCAUGGGUACCUCUUAUCUAUCUCAGAGAUCUGAGAUUCCUCCUAUUCCUUCCAGAAGUGAGCUGGUUGCAGGUGCUAUGGCUUCCCUUCCAGUUGGGGCCCCACCCUCAGCUCUAGUUAUUUCUGUUGACAAAAGCCACUCUACCAUCACUAAUGUAACCUCCCACAGUCCUUCUUUUUCCCCAGCUGUAGCUACUACUUAUUCAUUGUCUCCUACAACCUCUCUCAUUCUCAAAGGCCCACGUAAUGCUGCUCAUCAGCCUUUGGUAACCCAGAGUUCUUCUUCUCCUGGAACAGACUUAAAAGAAAUGUCUGUCUCUUCUGAUAGAACUGCUCAGCUUAUGAUAACUAACCCCUCCACGACUUCUACAGUAAAUUCUGCCUUUGAAGUAGCUAAGGAGCUUCCUACUCCUCAGGUAGCAGGUACUCCUGGGAUACCGUUUUCUCCACUGCCAGCUCCUGAAGACUAUAAAUUUCUUCCCACUUCAGUAUUGGUAAAUGCAGGUGCUCCUCUUUCUCCGGCCCAGGGAGGACUCCCUACCAAGAAAGACCCUACUGAUCUACUGUCUCUGGCCUCAGCACCCCCUAAAAAUUCCUCCUCUGUCCAAAGUAUAUCAUCUCUGGAAAUAACUUCUCCUGGAGCCACUGUAACAAAGAAAAGCCUAAUGGGGCCUCUCCCUGUAGCUGAGCCAGCAGGUGCUACUGCUGCUUCUCUGGGUGUCAGUUCCCCAUUCUCUGUAGUUAAAACAGAUGUUUAUGCAAGCCCAGACUCCACUAGUCUAUUUCUCAAAAGUUCUGUAACAGCCCCAACAGUGCUUGCAGUUCCUUUGGAAAGUGCUGGCCCUGUGGGAGUGGCUCCUACAACUGACAAAGAUACCUCCGCUCCUACAACUACAGCCAGUCCUUUUGUAGGAGCCCUCUCUUCAGCUCCUAAAACCCACCCAGCUAAAAAGGGUAGUUGCACUCUUACUACUUUACCUUUGGUUCCAUCAGCUUCUGAAAGUUGCCCUAUAGCUCCCACUGUGAAUUUAUCCCCCCAGAAUGUUUCUGUUUCUGCAGUUACCAUGGCACUGGCCUCUGAAAUUCCCCAGUCUGUGCCUUUUCCCACACCUCCACCAGCUGCCAUUUCUCCUCGUGCAGAGAAAUUUGGUAUUUCUCAUACCUCAGCAUUGGUGCCUUUGGGUUCCUCUCCUGAAGGGCAUCCGAGUGAAGACUCUGGUGCUGUUACUGCAUCUUACCUGGCUAAUUCCCCAUCUCCCCUAAAGACUGGCAUUUCUCUUCAGACUAAAAGAUCAGCAACCUCGAAGAGUUCCGCUGUCGCUGAUGGUCUGACUGGAAAUGUCUCCUGUGUUUCUCACAUUGAAGCUUCUUUCCUUCCAGAGGCUAGUCUUUCUUUUCAAGGCCCUAAAGAAUCACUAACCAAGAAGCAGUCUCCCUCUCCUCCAUCCCCUAAAGAGGUCCCAGCAAGCCUCUUCCCCACAGAGGCCCCUAACUCCCUAUUUGUGGCUCCUCCAUCUCCUAAAAAGGCCCUGGCAACCCUCUCCCCUAAGGGGACCCCCACUAUCCCAACCAAGACUCUUUCCUCCCACAAAAAAGCCCCAGCAACCUCAUCCCUCAAAGGGUCCCCCACUGCCCCAGCCAAGACUUCUACCUCCCCCAAAAGAAUUCUCACUCCAGCUGAGAUUGAUCCUUCUCCCCAAGAGUUCUUAGCAACUGCAGCUCCCAAAGAGACCCUAGCAACCUCCUCUUCCAAAUCUCCCCCAAGUGAGAUUCCCUCCUUAACCGAAAAGGCCCCAGCAACUCUCCAGACUGAGAUUUCCCCCUCCCCAAAAAAACCCACAACAACUUUAGCCCCUAAGAAGACCUCAGCAACUCAGUCCCCCAAAGAGGUCCCCUCUCCUCUGGCUGAGACUCCUCCCUCCCCCAAAAAGACCCCAGCAACCCCCUCUUCCAAAGGGACCCCCACUGCCCCAGCUGAGACUCCUUCCUUCCCAAAAAAGACUCCAACAACUGCAGCCCCCAAAGAAACCCCAGCAACUCCAUCCUCCAAAAGGGUCCCCAUUUCCCCAGCUGAGAUUCCUCCAUCCCCCAAAAAGGCAACCCCAUCUUCCAAAGAGGCCCCAGCAACUCCAUCCUCCAAAGAGAUCCCAGUAACCACCUCUUCCAAAGGAGUCCUCACUCCCCUUGCUGAGAUUCCCCCUUCCCCAAAAAAGGCCUCAGCAAAUUCAGCCCCUAAAGAGACCUCAGCAACCCCCUCUUCCAAAGGGACCCCCACUCCCCCAGCUGAGAUUCCCCUCUCCCCCAAAAAGGCCCCAGCAACCCCCUCUUCCAAAGGGACCCCCACUCCCUCAGAUGAGACUCCUCCCUCUCCCAGAAAGGCUCCAGCAACUGCAGCCCCCAAAGAGACCCAAGGGACCCCCAUUUCUGCUGCUGAGAUUCCUCCCUCUCCCAAAAAGGCCCUAGCAACUGCAGCCCCUAAGACCUCUGCAACUCAGUCCCCCAAAGAGAUCCCCUCUCCUCUGGCUGAGACUCCUUCCUCCCUCAAAAAGGCCCCAGCUGAGAUUCCCUUCUCCCCAAAAAAGGCCCCAGCAACCCUCUCUUCCAAAGGGACCCCCACUCCUCCAGCUGAGACUCCCCUCUCCCAAAAAAAGGUCCCAGCAACUGCAGCCUCAAAAGAUAUCCCAGCAACCCCCUCAUCCAAAGGGGCCCCUACUCCCCCAAGUGAGAUUCCCUCAACCAAAAAGGCCCCAGCAACUCCCCAAACUGAGAUUUCCCCCUCCCCCAAAAAACCCACAACAACUUCAGCCCCUAAGAAGACCUCAGCAACUCAGUCCCCCAAAGAGGUCCCCUCUCCUCUGGCUGAGACUCCCCUCUCCCCCAAAAAGGUCCCAGCAACUGCAGCCUCCAAAGAUAGCCCAGCAACUCCCUCUUCCAAAGGGACCCCCACUCCCCCAUCUGAGAUUCCCCUCUCCCCAAAAAAGGCCCCAGCAACCCCCUCUUCCAAAGGGACCCCCACUACCCCAACCAAGACUUCCUCCCAAAAAAAGGUCACAGCAACUCCAUCCCCCAAAGAGGCCCCCACUGCCCCAGCCAACACUCCUCCCAAAAAGGUCCCAGCAACUGCAGCUCCCAAAGGGGUCUCCAUUCCUCCAGCUGAGAUUCCCCUCUCCCCCAAAAAGGCUUCAACAACUGCAACUCCCAAAGAUGUCUCAGCAGCCACAUCCCCUAAGGGAGCCUCCAUUUCCCCAAAUAUGGUCCCUGCUUUCCCUAAAAAGGCCCCGGCAACUGCAGCCCCCCGAGAGGCCCUGGCAGCCCCAUCCCCCAGUGAGGUUCCCACUUUACCAUCAGAGACUCCUCCCAUGCCCCCAAAAGCCCCAGCAGCUACAGCCCCCAAAGAGACCCUAGCAACCCCGUCUCCCAAAGGAGCCCCCAUACCCCCAGCUCUGGUUCCUUCUUCCCCUAAAAAGGCCCCAGCAGCUGCAGCCCCCAAGGAGACCCCAACAACCCCAUUCUCCGGUGGAGUUACCAGUCCUCCAACAGAGACUCCUCCCUCUUCCAAAAAAGCCUUGACUCUGGCCUCCCCACAAAAGGCCUUAGCAACUGAAGCCCCCAAAGAGGCUCCCAAUUCCACAACAGAGACUCCUUCCUCCCCCAAAAAAGCCCCAGCAACUGCAACUCCCAAAGAGGCCCCAACCACUCCAUCUUCCAAAGGGGGCCCUACUCCCACAGACAAAGCUCCUUCCCCACAAAAGCAUUCAGCAACCUCACCUUCCAAAGGGGUCUCAUGUGCCCUGGCUGUGACUCCUCCCUCCCCCAAAAAUAUAAGAGAAACCACAGCUUCCAAAGAGGCCCCCACUCCACUGGUGACUCCCUCCAAAAAGACCCCAUCAACCAAAGGGACCACCCCUGCCCCAGCCAAGACUCCUUCCCAAAAAAAGGCCCCAGGAGCUACAACUCCCAAAGAGAGCCCUGCUCCCCAAGUUAUGACUCCUGCCUCCAAAAAGGCCCCAACAACCCCAUCUUCCAAAGGGGCCCCAGCAAACCCACCCUCCAAAGGAGCUCUCUCUUCAGCUAUUACUCCUCACUCUCAUAAAAAGGCUCCAGCCCACAAAGGGGCCUCCACUCCCUCAGAUGCAACCCCUCUCUCCUCCAAGGAGGGCCUGGUUAUUCCAUCCUCAGAAGGGGCCCCCACUUCUCCAGUUGCGACUCUUCACUCUCAUAAAGAGGCUUCCAUUUUUCCAGCCACUGUUUCUUCCUCCCCUAAAGGCUUCCCUAUUCCCCCAGUGUCACUCAAAAGUACCUCAGGGGCUGUUGCCCCUCAGGCAUCAGAAGGGCUCCUACCAAAGAAAGGCCCCACUCAUAUGAAAGAAGUACUUGUUGCCCCAGCUCCAGCAAGUGCAUCAGUUACUGAGGCUCCUGCUCAAAAAGGCACAGGGGCUGAGAAUUCUGCUACUCUGCCUCCUAAGUGUUCAGAUCCUUCUGCUAAGAAUAAUACUAAAGGAUCCCAUUCUACCGUGGCUCCAGCUCCUCUACUGACAGCCCACAUUCAGAAAGAUUCUUCAAAGACUACAAAAGCCCUCCAUAUUUCUUCUGCAAAAGGCAAAGAUUCUUCUCAUUCUGCAAAGGGUCCCUUGGCUGCUCCUCCUGAGUCUAAGACAUCCACCCAUCUAACAGCAGUGGCCUCUGAGAAAAUCCUUCCUAAAGCUGGAUCAACAUCUGUUUGUCCCACACCCAGCCCACCAGUCUCCCUGCCUCUUGCUCCUACCCCAGUUCCCCCUCUGCUUCCUAAACAGCAGUUUCUGCCGUCCUCACCUGGGCUGGUGCUGGAAUCGCCCUCUAAGCCCCCAGCCCCUGCUGAUGAGGAUGAGCUGCCGCCUCUGAUUCCCCCGGAACCAAUUUCUGGGGGCAUGCCUUUCCAGUCGGUCCUCGUCAACAUGCCCAUCCCCAAACCAGCUGGAAUCCCUGCCCCAACCCCCUCUGCCAAGCAGCCUGUUUUGAAGAACGACAAGGGUAUUUGCCUUGGUUUGCUGUGUGCAUGGUGUGUUGCCCACACCCCUCUUGGGGACUGCCCACCAGUACUAACCCUAGGAUGCGCCACUUUCUCCAAUAUAUCUGCUUGAAUUUGAACGUGGUACAUAGAAUGAUAAUUUCAAAGGCAAAAAGCUGUAGGAAUACAAAAUUAAGUCUUGGUUGUCAUUAUCUCAGACAGUACUUUGUGUUUUAUAUAAUAUACAUACUGAACUGUGGAUUUGCUGUCCUUUUUACCUAACUGUUCUGACAUUGAAAACCAAGACCUAUCAAACCUUUAAUUCGCUCUAAUCUUACCACAUUGCUAACCUUGUCCCUGGGCCUGGGAUUUGCUAAAAAUUUUGGGGAAUCGGGGGCUGUUUUUGUUUUUAUUUCAUAGACUUAGUAAUGACCAGUUCCCCAGGGAUUUCCCUUUCUUAAAAAUGUAGGCACCAUGGGCCGGGGAUUUAGCUCAGUGGUGCCGACGUCUGCCUCUCAAGCGCAAGGUCCCGAGUUUGAUCCCCAGUACCCCCCAAAAAAAUGUAGACACCUGUUUUUUUCCUAGAGAAUGGUGCUGGUAAAUGCUUUUUUCCUGAGUAGUCUUUAGUGAUGCUUGGCCUUUCAAUUAAGAGAAACAUAAUGUGAAUUACAUGUGGAAGAAAUGGGGGAAGUCACAGGACAGAGAGAAAGUGACUUUUAGAACUUGACAUUCAUGAUCUUCCAGAGAACUGAUUAGAUUAAAUUACUAGAAUGAAUGCUUUGAAAAUAAGGCCAAAUGUGUAUACACAACUGUUUCUGGCCUGUUCUGCCUUGUCACUGUAUUGUUUUUUAACUUGUAUAUCUGAAGAUAACCUUUUGCCCAGAACCUUUCUGAGAUGAUUGAGCUAUUGGAGUUUUAUAGGUGGUUUGUGGAUACCUAUGCCAAGAAAUGCAGAUCUUAAGGAAAAGAAAGCAAUUGUAAUACUAAAAAUGUUCAGCUAUAUCUAGUGAUUAUCCCUCAUUUCUAGAGAUGAAUCUUUAAUAGAUACAUAUAUGCUAGUUUGAGUUAAGGGCUUUCAAGCUGGAUUCACACAAGUUAGUUGAUUUACAUUUAACAUUGUAAGGCCUAGCAUAUAGCAGUGAUCUCUACUCCAGACAAACUAUAGUAAGCACAUCCUUAAAUCUCUACUGUAAAAUUAUAAAAGUUGUUUGUCA